CUUACAAUAGACACUCUAUUUUUGUGAUUCAUGAAUCAAGAGUCCCUGAAAAAAUCAAGAUUUCGCUAUUUUUAUUUGUCUGACAUUAUUGUAAAUAGAAGUAUAGGAAUAAUUUGCGAUAUUCCUAAAGAAAAUGACGGAGAAGUUGGAAGCUAGGAGCGACAACAUGAAUGGAGAGAUGAACGAUUUUGACAUCGUCAUGGGUGUUAGACCGGUUCAAAUCGUCGCCACUGACGAAGAAGAACACGUUUUUACAUUGAACGAGGAUGCUCUUGAAGAAAUUUUGUUAAGCGACAGUAGAAUACGAGACAAAAAGGUUGUUGUGAUUUCCGUUGCUGGGGCUUUUCGUAAAGGAAAGUCAUUUCUGUUGGAUUUCUUUCUGCGUUAUCUGGAUCGAAAGGAAAGUCCAGACCAUUGGCUUGGUGAUGACAAAGAAGUGUUGACUGGUUUCUCAUGGAGAGGUGGUUCAGAGCGUGAGACUACUGGCAUCCUUCUUUGGAGUAAACCCUACCUUUGUACAUUAUCUGAUGGAGAAGAGGUUGCAGUUAUUCUCAUGGAUACUCAGGGAUCAUUUGAUAGCUCAUCAACUGUCAAGGAUUGUGCCACUGUUUUUGCCUUGAGCACAAUGUUGAGCUCAAUACAGAUCUACAACAUUACUCAAAACAUCCAAGAAGAUGAUUUGCAACAUCUCCAGCUUUUCACUGAAUAUGGUAAACUUGCAAUAGAAGAAAGCCAUGCAACACCAUUUCAAAGUUUGUUGUUUUUGGUUCGUGACUGGAGUUUUCCAUACGAGGCCCAGUAUGGGUACACUGGUGGUGAUAUGAUCCUGAAGCGACGCCUCGAGACAAAGCCAAAACAACACAACGAAUUGUUGCAAGUUCGAAAUCAUAUCCGAUCAUGUUUUGAUGAUAUCUCUUGCUUUCUUAUGCCACAUCCUGGUCUUAAAGUUGCAACCAGCCCAGAAUUUAAAGGCGAACUUUCCGAUAUUGGCGAUGACUUCAAACAUCAUCUCAGCCAACUUGUGCCGUCCUUACUAAGCCCUGAGAAUUUAGUUAUCAAAAAGAUUAACGGACAGCCCGUCACUUGUCUCGGUCUUGUUGAGUAUUUUAAGGCUUACAUGAAGAUCUACCAAGGCGAUGAGCUACCAGAACCCAAAUCUAUGCUUCUUGCGACUGCUGAGGCAAAUAAUUUGGCAGCAUUAGCAAGUGCAAAAGAUCAUUACCUGCACAAAAUGGAAAAGAUUUGUGGGGGUGACACUCCAUUCCUUGCCACAGAUGAGCUGGAUAGACGACACGAGAAAUACAAGUCUGCAGCCCUGGGUAUGUUUCAUACCACUCGGAAAAUGGGAGGCGAAAACUUUAGCAAAGAAUUUGCUGAAAGACUUGAAACGAAUAUCGAUGACGCUUACAUAAACUUUGUCAAAUUGAACGAUGGAAAGAACAUCUUUAAUGCUGCGCGAACUCCGACGGUUUUCUUCGCCAUCAUGUUGUUGGCGUAUCUUUUGUCAGGUCUUUUUGGAAUCGUUGGUGUCACGUCGUUUGUAAUGUUGUGUAAUUUUGUCAUUGGUUUCUCGUUGCUUGCGAUAAUCGCGUGGGCCUAUAUCCGAUUUAGUGGCGACUUCCGCGAGAUAGGGAAACAAUUAGAUGACGUUGCUGAAGUGGCCUGGGACGAGGUAAUGACUAGAGUUUAUCAGAAAAUACUGGACAAAGGGAAGAAAUCAAUUACAUCAUCGAUAAGUGGAAGUGCAAAUACCAGCAGGGCUGAUAGUAAGAAGAAAAAGUAAGCUAGAGUAUUUCAUGCCCGAGUUAUAUUUUCAGUGUCCUUAAUUACAUCGGGAUUAUCUGUAAAAAUAAUCUGUAUGAUCAAGACUUUAAUCAUGCAGAUAAGAAAUAUAUGCUUAAGACUAUUGGAUCGUUUAACAUUAUUGAUAUUGGCUUCCAAGUCGUGUAACAAUAGUCAUCUGACUUCGAUUGUCAAAUAAUGCUUAUUGUGAUUGUGAGAAGUGGAAAACUCGUGUAAUUCAUUCAAAAUUUACUUGGUUGUGAAGUAGAGCGAACUGGAACCAAUAUUUUAUCGCCAACCUCAUCGUUUAGCAUUGUUUUGAAAAUAAAAUGUUGUACAUAUUGAA